AGUUGCGGUCUGUCGGGCGUCGCGUGAACACACGCCGAGACUGUGAUCGACCAGUCCCUUAUUUUCCCGCGCGAAGCAGCCGUUACUUCUGAGAGGAUGCUGGGCACGCUGCUGCUGGCAGUGCUGCUGUGGCAGGGCGCCGGAGCGGCGCGCUGCGACCGCCGGCCCGUGGGCAUCAGCUCGCCCCGCCAGAGCGUCGGUGUGCCUUUCGGCGUGCGAGUGGCCUCCCUGCCGCCGGCCGACCAGCCAGACGCCCUGCCGCGCCCCGCCGGCGCCUACCUGCCCGGCCAGGACUACCUCGUAAGCCUGGUGGCGGAGCAGGACUUCCCCGUGCGCCACUUCACCGACUUCAUGCUGACGGUGGAGUCCCCGGAGGAGCAGCCGGCGGGCAGCUUCUCGCCGUCCAGCAACACCUUCACCAAGUUUAGCGAGCGCUGUCGCAACGCCGUGGUGCAGACCUCGUCCAUGCCCAAGCUUCAGGUGUCGGCCUAUUGGAGGGCGCCUCCCCCGGGCAGCGGCUGUGUGGUGUUCAGGGCCAGCGUCGUGGAGAUGAGGAGUCUGUGGUACAUGGACGACGGCCCGCUGAGCCUGCAGCUGUGCGAGGAGCCCGCCGAGGACGACGCCAGCAGCGCCAUUCUCGAUCCUUGCUGCGCGUGCGAGGAGGCCAAGUACGAGAUAGCGUUCGAGGGCCUGUGGUCGCGCCACACUCACCCCAAGGACUUCCCCAAGGACCACUUCAAGGCGAAGUUCAGCGACGUGAUCGGGGCCUCGCACAUGGUGGACUACCGGUUCUGGAACUACGGCGAGUUCGCCUCGGAGGGCCUCAAGCAGCUGGCCGAGGAGGGCUCCACGCGCGCGCUGGAGAGCGAGCUCAAAGAGAAGAGUCAGUAUAUCAGAACAAUAAUCAAAGCAAGAGGAAUUGGCUACCCAAACGUCACUGGAAAAACAUUUGCUGUUUUUCGUGUCGACAACAAAAAUCAUCUAGUAUCAGUUGUUUCUAAAAUAGCGCCGUCCCCGGACUGGUAUGUGGGCUUGUCGGGUCUGGAGCUGUGCCUGCCCAACUGCUCUUGGGUCGAGAAGCUGUCGGUAGAGCUGUACCCUUGGGAUGCAGGCACUGAUAACGGCGUCUCAUACGAGUCAGAUGAUUCGCCCUCAAUUCCAGCAGAGCCAAUACGCAAGAUAACUUCUAAUUUCCCAAAAGAUCUGCUGUCACCUUUCUAUGAGCCGACUGGGGAAGACAUGAAGCCGCUGGCCAAACUGCACGUGACUCGCCAGCGCCUGUACGAGAAGGAGAGCUGCGAGAGCGCUUCGGGGACUGGUGACGAGGAGAGCUGCGCGCUAAGGCAGUGGUCACCAUGGACGCCGUGUUCAGCCAGUUGUGGAGAGGGACAGCGUCUACGGCGCAGGUUCUUCGCGCACCUGGACCGCGCGCGGGCAUCACGCUGCACCGACACGCUGGUAUCGCGCAGCACCUGCCACGCCGCGCCCUGCAGGGACAGCCAGAGGGAGGACAGCAGCGAGGCGUGUGAGGUGUCCGAGUGGAGCGGCUGGUCGCGCUGCUCGGGCGAGUGCGGCCACGGCCAGCGCACGCGCAGUCGUCACUACCUGCGCGCCUGGUGCGCCGAGCAGCCUGGAGCCGCGCGCCUGCUGGACGCGCAGGCCUGUGGCGAGGAGGCCUGCGAGGGCGAACAUGGCGAGGAAGGCGAGAACGGCGAGGAAGGCGAGGAAGGCGAGAACGGCGAGGAAGGCGAGGAAGGCGAGGAUGGCGAGGAGGGCGAGGAGGAUGGCGAGGGCGAGGAUGGUGAGGAGGGCGAGGAGGGUGAGGAGGGCGGAGGUGAUGAGGACCCUGGAGAAGAUCGCGGAGAAGAGCGUGGCGAAGAGGACGGAGAAGAUGACAGCCGUAACUACGGGGGAGAAGAUGGUAACGGAAACGAAGAAUACACAGAAGAAAACGAGGAAAAUCCUGAGGGUCAGACAGAAACCUGUCCGUACAUGUCGGAGUGGAGCGAUUGGUCGCCAUGCUCGGUGACCUGUGGGCGGGGCUCGCGCAUCAGGAACCGCUACAGCGACGAGGCGCUUGAGGACAUGGCGACGGGCGCCGGCGAGUCGGACGAGGACUGUGACGCCACCACUGUGCAGGAGGAAGAGUGCGAGGGCGAGCGUGCCUCGUGCGACCCGCCCACCGAGGAAGAAAGAGAAAUAUGUCUGAUGGACAAGGACAGGGGCCCGUGCUACAACUCUGAGAUCCGCUGGUUCUACGACAAGGAGACGGAGUCCUGCCAGCAGUUCGAGUUCGGGGGCUGCCGCGGCAACAGGAACAAGUUCAACAGCAAGGAUGCUUGCGAGCAGAUGUGCGCUGGAGUCACAGCGGAGGACGGCGCGACGACGGAGGGCGGUCCGUUCGGCGGCCUGAAGGCGGGCAACCAGAUAACCAGCGAGCAGCGCCUGGGGCUGGCGCCGCCGGACUACCCCUUCUUGAAGGCCACGCGCGAGCACAGCUCCGUCACGUCUCUGACGGGGCGCGUGCUCGACUGCGCGGUGUCUGCCUGGAGCCGCUGGUCCGCCUGCAGCGCCUCUUGCGGCCCCGGCUACAAGCAGCGCACCAGGACCAUCCAGGUCUCACCCGUGAACGGCGGCCGAGCCUGUCCCAGGAAGCUGCUGAGGAGAAAGAAGUGCCGAGCUCCCCCCUGCGACAAUCACUUUGUGAAUCUCUCUCUACAGAGAAGAUACUCAAAUGAGAUGAACUAUGAAGACUCAUUUGAUAAUUCCUUGGCUAAAACAGUAGUUUCGGCAGAAGUUCCGGAAGACAUUCCGAAUGAAAUUCAGCCCGAACGAUCUACAAAUGAGGCAUCCAAGAUUUCAGAAGAAAGAUCUGAAAAGAUCGGCACUGACUCAUUCGGCAAGCCUCCGUUCAUUCGAAUUUUACAUUCUGACGAGGUAGAUUGUGAGCUGUCGGAGUGGACGGCCUGGUCGUCCUGCUCCGUGACGUGUGGCACCAACGCCUACAUGCAGCGCACGAGGAGUAUCCUCCAGCAGCCCAGCACGGUGGGGCUGCCGUGUGGCAAGAGGAUAGAGGUCCGGCCUUGCACACUACGACCCUGCCAACUGUAGAGUGAUUUGCACAUGACCAAGAAAUAUUGCAAGAAGACAUAUUCUGUCUGGAGUCACUGAAGAUAAACUUCUUGGAACAGCAUUCUCUUUUUGUAACUAUUAAUAUGUUUGUAGCUUGAUGUGCUUUUAUAUUUUUUUAGUAUGGUAUUUUUGGAUGUGAACAUUGAAAAGUUACUUAAAUGUUUUGUUGUCUGACCAUUGUUUUUAGGUAACACUUCUCAGAAUUGUGUUAAUAGUACUGUAAAAUAUUUUAUAUUAAUUUUUUUAAACAACUUAAAUUUUAUGACAUUGUAAAGAGUACUCACACUUAAUUAGUUUCUGUAAAUAAAUUAAGUAGUUAUUAAUAUAAGUAAUAUGAAUGGCAAUAAAUUUUUAGGUGAAGAAUUUUGUACAUAAAUAUACAUGUAAGUAUUGGUAAUUUUUUUUGUGAUGUUAGAAACACUUCCUACUUUCCCAAAAUGCUCAGUAAGUUUUUAAAAAAACACUAAAUUCUUGUGAAAAUCAUAAACGAUGUUAUAAUCAAUGUUAAUGAAACAUGCACCAUAAGUAAAGCAACAUCCUAAAAACAUCAAUAGUUUAAUGGAUGCAUACCUGUAAAAAAUAUACUUAAUACCUAAAGGACUAAUUAAAGUACAUAUUAAAAACAAAAACCAGAGCCUAAUUGAUUCAAAUAUAAGUGAACUUACGAAGAGAUAUUAUCCAUUGCUUUAGAUGAUAUUUUUUUUUACAAAUGUCACAUACAUGUACACAAGUUCAAUAAAAAAAAGAAUGUGAAGUA